CCCCUCCUGCUGCUGCUGCUCCACUUCUUCAGUUCUUCGUCUCGUCUCGUCGUUGGAUCCAACUCCAACCACCAGAGCCAGCAGCCUCCACGAGAGCAGAAACAAGACCAUGUCGUCGUCCAAGGUCUUCACCCUCGAGGAGGUCGCCAAGCACAACACCAAGGACGACUGCUGGCUCAUCAUCGCCGGAAAGGUGUACAAUGUGACCAAGUUUCUUGAGGAUCACCCUGGAGGUGAUGAUGUUCUGUUGUCUUCCACUGCCAAGGAUGCUACUGAUGACUUUGAAGAUGUGGGCCACAGCACCACUGCUCGUGCGAUGAUGGAAGAGUACUUAGUUGGUGAAAUUGAUGCAACUACAAUACCCACUAAGGUGAAGUACACGCCCCCAAAGCAGCCACACUACAACCAGGAUAAGACCCCUGAGUUCAUCAUCAAGAUUCUCCAGUUUUUGGUCCCCUUGGCGAUAUUGGGUUUGGCUGUCGCCGUAAGGAUCUACACCAAGUCGGAAUCCGCCUAAUAUUGUCAUCACUCGGUCAAAGAUUACAACGGAAUAAGUUAGUGAGGAUUGUACGAGCGAGCAUGGCCUGUCAUGAAUUUGGAAACUUCAGUCUCUGUGAUAGUAUGGUUACGUGCAACAUCUAUUGGUAAAGUGAGACUCAAGUGAAGUGGAUGGAUAUUCAGUUCUAUUUGCCUUAUUCCUUAGGAAUGUCGAGAUGCACAUUAUUGUUGCUCGGUGCGGUUUGUUUUCUAUGUUGUCAAGCGAUAUAUAUUUUGCUACAUACUUCCGAAAGAAGCUACAACCUGAAUUAGUUUGCAAAA